AUGGCUCCCCCCUCGGUCACGCUCACAGCCCCGCCUCACUCCCCUUCCAGGUCGAGAUCAAUUUCACAACCCAUCCCAGAGGACUCCGCGUUGGAUAACCUUGACACGCUGUCUCCCCUCAAACCUUCUCGUUCCACCGUAUUCCGCUCCCAAUCUUCGAAUAACAUGUCAAGAAGUCAACAUGCGUCUGGGAACUCGAAUCAACAUCAUUCUUCGAGUCCAAGUCUCCGCAAACCCCAAGGACGUGCCAGAAGUAGCAGUUUGGUCACGGUGACCGAAGUUGGUGGCGAUGACCCUGACAACGUUGUGGAUAGAUUGGGUGUUGGUAACAAUGAGAAUGCUGAAUGGGUCAAUGCUCCAGAUGUCAGUUGGACAAUCGUUAAUCUCGGUUACAUGUCUGUCUCAUUUCUCAUGUUUCAUCACGCCACUGGUGUCCCGUUCGAAUCAACAAUGACUUCUGCCGGCGCAUAUGACGAUCUGACGCUCUGGGAACAAAUUGAUUAUGGAGCGCAGUAUACACCGGCCAAGAAAUUUUUGACCAGUGUCCCAAUAGGAUUGUUCUUGAUAUCAACGCAUUACACGAGAUAUGAUUAUAUACUUUUCGUUCUCAACUUCGCUGCUUUAGUAUUCGUGCUAUUUCCCAAACUCCCCAUUCUUCAUCGUCUUCGAUUCCAUUUCGCUGUUCCGGAUAACGACUCUGCCCCUACCCCGCUCACGUCUCGACCUCCCUCUCCUUUCAUGGACAAAUCGUCCAAAUUAUCGUCAUGA